GAAGUUAAAAACUUGUUCUUGUAUCUGAAAGAUAGGGAAUUACAUUUCUAGAGUUUUCUGUUUUACUGGAAUAUCUUUUAGCUGCCACCAUUCUUAUGCUAUUUUAGUGAUUCAACACUACUGACGGAUGAUGACUACUUAUUAUAGGCUAGAACUUUUGGAACCAAUGAGAGACAUUUAUCUUAACCUGCAUUGUCUUUUCGGCGUAUCCUAUUGUCUUAUCUGCGUUGAACAAUGUGUGCUUCACUGAGUUUAUUUUGCUAAGACGAAUGUUUGUUUGACUCUCUACUCCCUGAAAGAAAGAAGAAAUACGCUCUUAAUUUUGAUUUACUAUACAUUGUAGCUGCCAACAUUCUUGACAGUAUUCGAUGUCUCGAGCUCCUUUAUUUUGACUAGUCACUACAAGUUAUUUCCUUUGUGUUCAGAACCAAAACAAAACUAUAGUAUCCUAUUGGCAUAUUUUACCAUAACCUCUACUUUUAAUGUAUAUAGUGUUGCUUUCCCUUAGUUUAUUUACACAAAAGGGCAUGUUCCUUUAUUCUGCAUCUAUUUUCUGCCGUCAGUGUUUCUGAUCAUAAGUUACCUGUAAAGAAUCAUUGGAAGAAGUAUUGAGCUAGCGUUUGUUCUUGACAGGUACCCGAAACGCUCCAAGAAGAUGUGCUCUCUAAAAUGAGUGCACCACCAAAGAGUGAUGCUCCUAUUAUCACCCCAAACGAGCUCGCUGAGGCUGAUGGAUUUAUCUUCGGCUUCCCAACGAGGUUUGGUAUGAUGGCUGCUCAGUUCAAGGCAUUUUUAGAUGCGACCGGCGGCCUUUGGAGGACUCAGCAACUCGCCGGUAAACCAGCCGGAAUCUUCUACAGCACAGGGUCCCAAGGUGGUGGUCAAGAAACCACCGCAUUAACUGCCAUUACUCAGCUGGUUCAUCACGGGAUGAUCUUUGUCCCGAUUGGCUACACAUUUGGUGCCGGAAUGUUUGAGAUGGAAAAUGUGAAAGGUGGAAGCCCGUACGGGGCGGGAACAUUUGCCGGAGAUGGGUCGAGACAGCCAACGGAACUGGAGUUGGGGCAAGCAUUUCACCAAGGGAAGUACAUUGCCGCCAUAAGUAAGAAGCUCAAGGGACCUGCUGCUGCUUAGAGCUCUCUCAAUAAGAUAAUAUUUUGAUUCUUUGUUGGCAUUUUGUGAUUUUUUUUGCUUUGGAAUUAUGCAACACUGAUUGAGUUACUUCAGCUCACAGCAAUAACAUAACUUUGCCUUGGUUUGUAAGUUGUAACUGUCCCACUUCUGACUUGGGUUAAAGAGAAACUCACAUAGUCACAUGUACUAACAUUGUUGCC